GGCCUCACCUCCAGCAUCAACAUUCAUCAUCCUCUCCAGUGGUGUUUUCAUUGCAGAAGGACUUGGAUAAUCUGCAAAAAUGAAAUUUGCCAUCCUGUGCCUCUGUCUGGCUAGCACAGCCUCGGCUGCACCCUCCAUCUUUCAUUACCUGCCUCAUUAUGCAGGUUCCAGACCACAGGUGCCACCCUCACCGGUGAGAAAUACCUACCCAGCUGGCCAGUCUCUCCCACCACCUGGACUUCCUGGCGCUUACAGUGUGGAACUGAUUUAUCCACACAGAUUCGGUGGUGCUGGUGCACAGACUUUCCCCUCCCAGGGUUUCAUCAAAUACUCCAUUCCUCAGCCACCAGGCAGACAGAGUGUGGAAGUCUACUACCCCUAUGACUUCGCCCAGCAAAGGAUCAUAACAAACCUUCCUCCUAUGACAAACGCCCCUCAUAUGACAAAUGUGCUGCCAUUUGAAUAUCCUCCUCAAAAUAUUCCCCAGCAAAUUCCAAAUCUUCCCUCAUUCGAUGCCAAUCCUCUUCCAUCCCAGGAUCCUCUGCAGCCUCUCCAGCAGGACCAGCCCCCACAGACAAGCCAGGCGCCUGCAAAGGUGUGAAGUGAAUGAGAAGCAUGACAAGGAGGCAAACGUCUUCCUUAGCAUUCAGACAUCUGCAAUGGGACAAAUGACGUUAAUGACUGACUCUGUUUCUACAACACGUGUAUGAUCAUAAAAUUACCACUUUUUAUUAAGAAUAGUGAUGAAAUAGUGAGCUAAAUUACAACAAGGCCAUCUGCAUAGCAUGAAACCUAUUUCUGAAGAAUGUUCUGCUUCACUUUAUAGUCUUCAUAGAUUUUCCCUGUUAUUGUGUUAAAGUAUUCUGUAAUGCUGCAUUCCACAAUAUAUAACAAUUGUGCUCCACAUGUUUAAACUAAUUUGAAC